AUGGUGCAAAAAGGAGUUCAGCUGGACCGGGAGAGCUUCUCUUGUUCGAUCUUUCUGGAUCCACUGAAGGAUCCGGUGUGUCUUACCUGUGGACACAGCUACUGCAUGAAGUGUAUCAACAGCCACUGGGAUGGAGAGGAUCAGAAACCGCUAAAGAAAACCGAUCGGCAGUCUAUCUGUUAUCUCUGCUCUGUGGACGAACAUAAAGGCCACGACACGGUAGCAGAAAGGAGCGAAAGGCAGAAAGAGCUUGAGGUGAGUCGACUCAACAUCCAGUGGAGAAUCCAGGACAGAGAGAAAGAUGCGAAGCUGCUUCCACAGGAGGUGGAUGACAUCAAUCACUCUGCUGAUAAAGCAGUGGAAGACAGUGAGAAGAUGUUCACUGAGCUGAUCCGUCUCAUGGAGAUAAGAAGCUGCGAUGUGAAGCAGCAGGUCAGAUCCCAGCAGGAAACUGAAGUGAGUGGUGUCAAAGAGGUGGAGGAGAAGCUGCAGCAGGAGAUUAUAGAACUGAAGAGGAAAGACGCUGAGCUGGAAAAGCUCUCACACACAGAGGAUCACAUCCAGUUUCUACACAGCUACCCCUCACUGUCAGCACUCAGUAAGUCUACAUCCAGCAUGCAGACUCAUCCUCGCCGCCACUUUGACCAUGUGACAGCAGCCGUGUCACGAGUCAACGACAAACUGCAGGACAUCCUGAGAGACAAAUGGACAGAUGUCUCACUGACUGAAGUGGAUGUUUUACUGCUGGCAGCAGAGCCAAAGACCAGAGCUGAGUUCUUACAGUAUUCACGUGAAAUCACUGUGGAUCGAACCACAGUUAGUGGAGCGGCUAAGUGA